UAAGCGGUUUGUUCGUGAGACUUUUAAUUAUUUUACGUUUUUAUGCAUCUAUGUUCUAUGCUAACUGUACCCAAUAUAAACACUCUGAAAAUUGUAAGUAUUUGAGACUAAACAUGGCUGUUUUCUAUGUACAAGAAACUUUAAGGAAAUUUACUUUGGUUUUAUCACAUAAAGAUGAGGGGUGGAUACCUAAUGUUUGGUAUUCGUAGGAACAUAAUUAAACUUAUAAGUUAGCCUGGCUGACAUUAUCACUAUUAAAUGUCGCGGCCAAGUCAAGCUUAUGUUGCGGACGUUGAGUGGUAGAUAGACAGUGGAACGCGCCCUCUGACAAUAUGGUCAUGUUUUGACAGACUUCGUUUCUUGUAACAUUCUCAAAGUACUUAACUAGUAGUAGGUAAUUUAAAAGAAUUAGUGACAUUGUGUGUAACUUAAAAUUUGUAGAUGACCUCUAUUUGCCAAUAAAAAUAUAUUAUCAAGCAUAAUAUUAAAGAAUGACGAAAAAUAAAUCAAUUCGUAAAUUCUUCAAGUAUUUGUUUUGAUUGCAAAAGCAGCUAUUAUAUGCGGAAACAAUAACUACAUGCAUGUAGUGUGAAACUGGUCAUCAUGAAGAAAGUAGCAUUAUUCAAAAGUGAGUCUGAAGAUUACCAUAAUGCAUUCCUUGAUAAGAAUUAUAAGGCAAUAUUUGUAGAGCCACUUCAGUUUGAGUUUGUGAGCAAACAUGAACUGUCUGAUAAACUACUUUGUGCAGACUACACAGGCAUUAUAUUGACCAGCCCAAGAGCAAUAGAGGCAGUAUCUAAAUGUUGGGACCCCACUAAAUUUUCUUUGUGGAGCAAGAAAAGAGUGUACACAGUAGGUGAUACAAGCUCUCAUAAAGUAAAGCUCUUACUUGGCCUAGAGACACUCGGAAGUUCAUCAGGGAAUGCUGAAAAUCUGGCUAAAAUUAUUGUAAAUGAAAACUCUAGUCAUGCAAAGUUUUUCUUCCCAUGUGGUAAUCUAAGAUCAGAAAUGCUACCUAAUGUAUUGAAAUCAAAUGGAAUCACAAUUGAUUCACUCACAGUGUACGAGACCCAAGAAAAUGAAAAGUUAAGAUCAGAUCUUAUGGAGCUUAAUAAGUGUGAGGCACCAUGCUGCAUGGUAUUCUUCAGUCCCUCAGGGUGUGAAUACACUCACCGACAGCUACAAACCUUUAGCAACAACCUCUCUAGUCUCCCUCACUUUGCUAUUGGCAACUCUACAGCACACAAGAUACAGAACCUAGGAGUGGAGGUAGCUGGAGUUGCGGCCAAACCUCAAGCUCAAAGUGUGGUGCUCACCGUACACAAUUACUUCACCAGUGGCAGCUUGUCACAGUAGCUGGAAAUGCAGUGCUUGUACAAAUUACAUCCACAUGUUUGGGAGUUUAGGAUGUUUAUUAUUGUCUGGUAUUGGAUAUAAUUAUGUACCAUUAAUUGUAUAAAUAUAUUGUUAAUUGUUACCAGUAA